AUGGCGCCCACUACCACCAAGACCGUGGAGUCCCCUCCCAAGACCGAGGCUCCCCCGAAGCUUUCGGAUAUGAAAGACAGCAUCGAUCAGACCACAUUUGAACAAAUCCUCGAGAUGGAUGAUGAGGAUGAUCGGGAUUUCAGUCACGGCAUUGUUUUCGGCUUCUUCGACCAAGCCGAGAGCACCUUUGAAAAGAUGGAAAAAGCUCUGGAAAAGGAGCAGCUUGACGAGCUGUCUUCGCUAGGUCAUUUCUUGAAAGGUUCAUCAGCUACUCUGGGACUGAGCAAGGUCAAGGAUGCGUGUGAGAAGAUCCAGCAUUACGGUGCCAAGAAGGAUGAAACCGGUACCAACGACGAACCGGAUGAUAAAGUCUCGCUGAAGAAGAUUGAGAAGACUCUGUCGGAUUGCAAGAAGGACUACAAAGAAGUGGAGAUCUUCCUCCGCAAAUAUUACGGCGAAACGCCGUCCUCGUAA